UUUGUUUUCGGUUUUGUUUUGUUUUGUUUUGUUUUGCCGGCAACCCCCACCUUACUUUCCUACAACCCCUAGCCAUUUAUAUAAAACGAGGUUUCCCACUCUAAAUCCAACACUCCUAGGAUUUAUUGAUGACAGUCACGAACGCUUUAUGGGCGGACGCACCAACCUCUUCAUGCUAAAACACCUUCUGCGUAUUAGUGUGCUUAUUAAAUGUUUAUAAAUAUUGAAUUGAUUCGGAAUUCCCGGACAGGAUUUGGAUUUGAAACCCUGGAUGUCAGAGAGACAAUACAAGUUCUGGAAAAGAGAAAUGUAACGAAGCCGCUAGGAUCUCUCACCGGGAUUAUUGCAGUAGCCUCUUUUAACUAGCUCCGUGCAUUCCGCCCUUGGCGGCCUACAGUCAACCAUCCAAACAGGAACCGAUGUGCAAGUCAAAUGAUGUGACUCCUCUGUUAAAGGCCGUCCAGUGCUGUCUCGUCUCCUUCUGAUAAUAAGACAAAACCCUAACAAUGGCCUGGACCUCUGCUACGACCAGUAUCGAAGGACUUACAGAAUGUUUGAUCCACCAGGAUGGGACCUCACAUUAUAUUACAUCAUACCGAGGAACCCUUUUCCCAGCAAUAAAAGCAGGGGAACAGCUCAUGACCACAGGAUCCAUUGACCGUGUCCCAUACACUCUAUGCUGGAGCUGCUGACCUUAGAAAAUGUUGGAAUGGUCUACUGGAUGCAUAGCUAAAGCACUAGCUAUGAGGCAAUACGCUGCGACUAUAAGAGCGUUGUCCCCCAAGACUUAGUGUUCGUAUUGAAUCAAACAAGCCAGGGAGGUGGUAGAUUUCAUAAAUAAGCAAAUACUUCGAAAUGGAGUUAGUCCGCACUUCUACUCGGUGCAGAUGUGCGAGUCCUGGGGUGAUAUGGAGAAGAAGUUGCGAGAUAUCCUGACCAACUCGGCGGUGGCAGAAACCACCAAGGAGGCUUGUGCCUGGAAAACCCUGGCCCUGGCCGUGGGCAUGGCUGAGAAGCAGAGGCAGGAGGAUAGGGAAAAGGUGAAGAAGCUCCAGGACCAGCUGGAUGAGCAGAAGCUGUUCACCAAUGUCUUGGUGGGGACGGUGAACAGGCUGAGGAAUACGCAAGAAAGGGAAAAGGAGAAGGCCCGGUACCAGCUUCAAGAAAGUGUCACAGCCCUUCGUGGAAUAGAAGAGGAGCGAAAUUUACUGAGGAAUGAGCUGCUCAAGGCGUUAAGCGCUCAGUCUCAGAAGCAGGAAGGAGCUGUGGAAUACAAGAGGGGAAAGGAGGCGCAGACAUUUGGAACCUGUAGAAUUAACCCACAUGAAUUGGCUGCUUGGGAAGUCUGCAAGUGCUUGCUCGGUCUUCCUGUUUACUGUAGCUCACGCUUGCCACCGCACUCGGGAACGCGCAGCGGGAGAAGGCUGCAGAGGUGCGAAGUGUCGGUUUAA